ACACCAUACAGAAUUCUAAAUUCUCUCGACCCACAUCUCAAACUACAACACCAUCAACCCCAAACUAAAAACAUAUCCAACAACAUGGCAUCCAAACCAUCAACUCCUCCCACCUCCCCAGCAAUAACCAUCCUAUCAACCCUCCGCCUCUCCCUCGGCGCAACCCUCCUAAUCCUCCCCACAAAAACCCUCUCCCUCUUCCUCAUCACCAUCGCCCCCUCGACCCCAGCAGUCCUCCUAACCCGCCUCUUCGGCGCACGCGACGCAGUCCUCGGCGCACAACUCUACACCGCUGCCGACGGUACCGCCCCGGACGGCGGGAGGAGAGAGACGCGCCGCGCGCUGUGGGCGGGGAUCGCGGCUGAUGCGUUGGAUAUGUGUAGUGUUGCUGCCGCGGUGCGGGGUGGGUAUUUGGGGAUGGGACCGGCGGGGUUGCUCUGGGGUGGUGCGCUUGUGGGGGUUGGGAUGGGGUGGAUGGGGUUGAGGGCGGUGCGGGAGUAG